AUGGCAAUAGACGUCAAGAACACAAUCGCUCAAUGGCGUCAAGAAAUCGUCAUGACUUUGAAGGAGUCAACUAAAUCGGCCCGCAUUCUUUGCGUUCUUCUUGUUUUCUUCUAUGCUCUUAGUGGUUACAUCCUGGGCGGGCUCGCGAUCACUCCCGGCUAUCUCUUCCCACCGAAAUUUUGGGUUUGGACGUUGAUCACAAGCCCGAUGAUUGAGAACACAUUUCUGAUGGUUUUCGGCGGCUUGACAGUGAUCCUUGGCGCUUCACGACUUCUUGAGCCACUUUGGGGCGAGAAAGAGUUCUGCAUUUUCUUCGCUGUUGUAAGCGCGAUGUCAGGCUUUUUGAGCGCCAUUGUCUACCUCGUCUGCUACGCCGUUGUUUUCAAUGACGACUUGCUCUUUGCUACGAGUAUUCAUGGACUUGCCAGCUUCAAGGCUGGCGUUUUCGUAGCGCUCAAGCAAUCCCGAGGAGAAGACACCGUCAUUUUCAGACUCAAAGUCAAACAAAUCCCAUUCACUUAUUUGUGCUGUGCUGCUGUUCUCUGCAUGACGGAAAUCAUUUCUUUUACGUACUUCGUCAUGCUCAACACUGGCAUGUUCUCAGCCUGGAUCUAUUUGCGAUUCUUCCAGCAGCACUCCCGCGGCAGAGGAGACCUAGCCGAACACUUCGCUUUUGCUACGUUUUAUCCUAAGAUUUUCCGCGGUCCGGUUGGAUUCCUGUCAAACAUUAUUUGGAACAUUUUGGUAAAACUUCGAAUUUGCCAGAGAGCCACUUAUAAAUAUGACGUUGCUGCUGCUUCCAAUAUUACCAUCAGUCUUCCUGGAACAAGCGAGGCAGAUGCAGAGAGGCGUCGGAAAAAGGCUCUAGCUGCUCUUCAGGAAAGAAUGGCAACUAUUGAGUCUCCGGAGGAAGGAUGGUCGGACGAGGAGGAAACCCCUAAAGCGCCAGAGAAAGCGGAAGCAUCGGUAAAGAUCGAGAACGAAAUUGCAGACCCAGUUGCUUAA